AUGGUCACCACAACGGAGACAACCACGCAGCCAUACACACAAAAGGUCCUCAAGCUUCGUGCAGAAGGCACCCCUGAGGAGAAGCUUGUCGAGCGCCAGUACCAGAAGGAGCGUCUAGCGGGUGCGUUCCGCAUCUUUGCAAAGCUUGGCUAUGACGAGGGUGUUGCGGGUCACAUCACCGUCCGCGAUGUCAUCAACCCUCACGCGUUCUGGGUCAACCCCUUUGGUCGUGCGUUUGACCAGAUGACCGCCUCGGACCUCCUCCUUGUCCACCACGACGGCACGGUGCUCGAGGGCGGCAAGCCUGGCGACGGCCAGGUGUACAACAUGGCUGGGUACGCCAUCCACAGCGCCAUUCACGGCGCUCGGCCCGACAUUCACGCGGCCGCCCACAGCCACAGCUACUACGGCCGCGCGUUCAGUGCCCUGGGACGUAACGUCGACCUUGCAAACUAUGAAAGUGCGACCUAUGGUGAAACCGUUCGCCUGUACGCGUCGUUUGGCGGUGUCGUGCUGUCUGACGAAGAGGGCAAGAACAUUGCCCAGGCUCUCGGACCUCAUGGCAAGGGCAUCAUCCUGCAGAACCACGGCAUCCUUACUGCCGCCACAACGGUUGAUGCUGCAGUGGCCUACUUUGUCCGCCUCGAGAGGCUUUGUCAGGCUCAGCUCGAGAGCGACGCGGCUGGCGGCGGCGACCACCUCCGCGACGGGGACGUGGACGCAAUCUUCGCCCAGUACGGCAGCGAGGAGAAUGCAUACCGCCAAGCGCAGGAGCUGUAUGAGUGGCUGGACUCGGAGGUUGGCGACGCGUAUAAGCAGUAG